CCUGUCCCCCCCGUCCCCCCGCCGCCCCCUCGGAGCGGAGGAUGAUGAAGCUCAAGUCCAACCAGACGCGCACCUACGACGGGGACGGCUACAAGAAGCGGGCGGCCUGCCUGUGCUUCCGCAGCGAGAGCGAGGAGGAGGUGCUGCUGGUGAGCAGCAGUCGUCAUCCUGAUCGAUGGAUUGUCCCUGGGGGUGGCAUGGAGCCCGAGGAGGAGCCUAGCGUGGCUGCGGUGCGAGAAGUCUGUGAGGAGGCUGGAGUGAAAGGGACGUUGGGAAGAUUAGUUGGAAUCUUCGAGAACCGGGACAGGAAGCACAGGACCUAUGUUUACGUACUCAUCGUCACGGAGGUGCUGGAGGACUGGGAGGACUCUGUCAACAUUGGAAGGAAAAGGGAAUGGUUUAAGAUAGAAGAUGCCAUCAGAGUUCUGCAAUAUCACAAACCAGUGCAGGCCUCCUACUUUGAGACCUUGAGGCAAGGCUGCCUGGCGAACAACGGCACCCCCGUGGUGAGCAGCUCCUACUCAGGGAGCUCCGUGGCUGACAUCAGAUGACUGAAGGUGACCCUGGGAGAGAAACUCUGCACACCAGACUGACACCCGGAUUGUCCUGUCCCCUCCCCUCCCCCUCACAUGCCUGCCCUCCAGCCAGGCAGCAGCCUGUGGCAGAGCCUGUGGUGUGACUGCUGCCCUGUAGUGCCAGGUGGGAUCUGGGCUUUGGGUUUUUUGGCUUUUUUUUUUCCCUUUUUUUUUUU